UGUAAUAUUAUUGUUAGUAUUUUAUAUGGAUUAUGGAUGUGUUUUGUUGAGGUUAUGUUUAUGUGCCACCAACACCAUCACUGUUAGGAAGAUUCCAAGAGGGGUAUUUACCAAUUGAUAGUUGACUAAACUUUUCAAAGUAUUAGAAACAACUGUAAUUAAAAAUGGUUAGAAAACUUAAAUUUCACGAGCAGAAGCUAUUGAAAAAAGUUGACUUUAUAUCUUGGGAAGUGGAUAACAAUCUUCAUGAAGUUAAGGUUAUGAGAAAAUAUUGUAUACAGAAGCGUGAAGAUUAUACCAAAUAUAACAAACUGUCCAGGGAGAUCAGAACUGUAGCCAGGAAAAUAAAAGAAAUCGACCCAAGUGAAUCAUUUCGUACGGACUCAAGUGCUUCAUUGUUGGAGAAACUAUACAUCAUGGGACUGAUCAACACCAAGUGGAACUUGGAGUCCUGCGAUGAUGUAACAGCCUCAUCAUUCUGCAGGCGACGACUGCCUGUGGUCAUGGUGAGGCUCCGGAUGGCUCAGACGGUCAAGAUGGCCACUCAGCUGAUACAACAGGGUCAUGUCAGAGUCGGUACAGAAGUGAUAAAGGAUCCAGCAUUUCUUGUCACUAGGAAUCUGGAAGACUUUGUAACGUGGGUAAACACGUCAGCCAUCAAGAAACAUAUUAUGGAAUAUAACGAAAUGAGAGACGAUUAUGACAUGAUGGACUGACUUAGCAUUUACAUUUAUAUGUAUAUAUUUUGUAAACACUCUUUAAUAAAAUAAUAUUUAUAAAAAUA